GGAACCCCUCGCUUGGACUCUGUUUUCUUAACUCAUAAAAUCGAAAAAAAGAACGUCCAGACAAAUUAGGAAGGGCUUGUCUAUCAAAAUAAUGGCUUAUGUGUGAAGUGACGGCAAUUCAGAGGAUAGCUAAAAAAGAUGACGCAAAUAAGACAAACUUGCGUUUGAGCUUUCGCAUGUUUAUCGAUUUGCCUUAGUCGCUGGCGAAGCCAAUUCGAGCAUCUGACUACAUCCAUUCUCCGGUCUUGAGAAGAAUCUAUCAUUUUUGUUUGGACAUUCGGUCGUGAAGCAACCAUUUUCCAAAGAGAAGCUUGCCAGCAUGCAAUCCUCAUCGCCAGCCAUUUCGGGGCCUCGUCAAACAUCUCGUGCCAAAAGUAGACCAAGAUUUAAGCAAUUCCCGUCCAGGUGGUUUUGUCAUGUGGUGGCAUCCCCGACAUCAUUAUCAGUGCCUUCUCUAGUCUCCCUCCUGAUUGUGGCGAUGUGCGUCCUAUCAUUGAAUCCAGGGGGGGUAUUGUGCAAACGCAAAUUAGUUCCGUUACACCUCAUUCGACAAGCACGAUGCUUUGGUCCAGAUUGCGGAAAAUUAGACGGCGGUCAAUCGUCAUCCUCCGCAGAAUCACGAUCAAUGCCUGGUGGCAUGAUGCAACUUCGGGAGAUGCAAUUCUAUACAAAGCGCACUCAAAAACUCACGACCAAACCAAAAGCGUCUCCAUACCGACCAACUCGACUCAGAACUCAAUAUGGCGGAUCACCAAAGGAUCACAAAGUCUUUGGUCGGCUGAAUGCGAGUCAGAAUCAAGAGCGAACAAAUGUUGGCAAGUUCAUCAAUGGUCAGGAAAUUUCAGCCCAAGAGACCGAGCACAGGAAUGGGAACUUGCCGACCCAGCAGUUUGAGGUAAGGCAAGGAUCGAUCCCUAUGGAAGAGUAUCCUGAGAAGGAAGAGAUCUCAGAUGUCGACGUCGAAAUCCCGGAUGAAGAGAUCGUGACCACAACGACAACGCAUUCGACGACCCAUCCCACGAUCCCCACUUUGUCACCUUUCGAGACGAUUAAGCCCACGAAAAUCCUUCCGAAGCAAUCCGGGGAAAGUGUGACCGUUGGCAGACCCACUUCAACCAAAGCCCGGCCUUUUGUUCAGCAAGCACCAAAUCUCCCAAUCACAGAUGAGAGUGCCCCAGUAAAGCACGCCAUGCAAGAGGCUUCUCAAGGAGUUGAUGACUACGACUUGAGCUAUCCUGGCCCGCCUUUUAACGAUGAUUUCGGUCCCAAGCCCACUUCGGACGAAGAUUUUGUGCAAGAGGUUGAGAGAGUGUCCAGCCCUGGCGCAGACUAUUCCGCAGCCUUUACUGGCGUCAACAAACCAAAUGAUGAGGAAGAUCCUGGCUCUAAUGACCCUUUGGCUGACAUAAGGAAUAACAUUCUUCAAAUGAGUGUUUUUGGAUUAAACUCAGGAGCAUCUGGGUCAGGGUUGUUCGAUUUUGAUUCUCUUACAAACAGAGAAGGAUAUAACUCCACAAAUCCUGACGACACUGUAGAUGAACUGGUUGAUCCCCACAUUCCUGUCAAUCAAGAAUCUCAUGUUAUUGCCCCUAUGGAUCAAAGUAGCCCUGAAGAGAAUCUCGAGAUACAACCACAAGAGAUCAAUGACGAAUAUGAUAUUACUAACUCAAUAAACAAUGACACCGUUGACAAGAACGAAGUGGAGAUCAGUGACGAGAGCCAAAAUAGCACAGAGUCUAACAAGAUUAUUGGUCUUGCAAAUGCCAAAGACAAGUAUGAAUUGUCUGGGGUGAUGCAAUGGUAUUACGACAAUAUGCCCAAAGAUCUGCUCUCUCAAGUUGAAGCCAACUUGCCACCAAAACGAACAAAUACAGGAGCCUCCACAUCAACCUCGACUAAUGAUCCACAGGGUAACACGUUGGGCCCCAUCGACAGUUCCCAUACAGGUCAAGAUGAACAGUCCAUAUUUCCAACGCUAUUUGGCGCCAUGUCGACUCUGUCCACGUCAUCUUCAAGCAAUCAACCUCAAAGUCUUGAGGACAGAAUCACCAACCGAGAUCCACCCCUGGAAUCUAAUUCGUGUCCAUCCCAAUGCAUGUGCGUUUGUCCUGGAAAUGUCGAACCGCCUCAAAAGCAAACAUCUCUUUGGAAUCAAGCCCCCGAACCAGUUCUCCAGGCAAGUGACCCAACCGCCAAAAUUAAUCUUGGUAUUUCGAUGUACCCUUGCUCCAGAUCGGCCGCCUACCAAUUGAAUCUAGCCUUGAAGCUGUGCAGGCGGAAAAGGCUACUGCACAUUGAAAACUAG